CUACCCCUAUCUACGUCACGAAGGCAGCAUGUGGCAGGCGAAACUCGCUUGUCUGGCACUGCUGGUGCUGCCAGCUGUUGCCAAGGAUCUAGCAGACAACAAAGAAGAGGAACUUCCUCAAGCUCAAGAAUCAGAUCUCAUAAACUACGAUGAUUAUAAUCCAUUUGGAGAAGAUGAAAAUGCUAUAAUUGCUGAACGGGACUUCAGAGGGUCAACGACUGCUACUCCUGGUUACCGACGACCAUUGCCACAAGUAAAUAGAGCGCCAGUAAGCCGAUGCUUCGAUAUGGGACGGUCAUUCACAGACGGUGAAACUUGGAAGAGAGACAAUUGCACUCUUUGCCAGUGUUAUAGCAACCGCGUUAAUUGUUCUGUUCUACCAUCCUGUCUAUCAACACCAACUACAAAUCGUCCUCUUCCACCACCACCGCCAGCCGUUGCCGCUCAACCAACGGUUCCAGUUAGAGGUUUUUCAGGUGAACCGGGUGUUGAUGGCCCGCCCGGCCCGCCAGGUGUACCCGGAGUGAAUGGUGUACCUGGUAGCCCUGGAAUACCAGGACCUGUUGGACCUAUGCCUGAUGUGAAUGCAUACCUAGCCCAGUUAGCAGCUGCUGCUGGCGGAGAUAAGGGCCCCGCGUUCGACCCGUACCAUUACAUGCAGGCUUCUGUAGGUUCUCCGGGAAUUAGAGGAAUACCAGGUCCACAAGGCCCACCUGGACCUCAAGGUUUUCAAGGCCCAAGAGGGGAACCUGGUGAACCUGGGCUUGCGGGACAACUGGGGCCACCUGGAGAAAGAGGACCGCAGGGCUUACCAGGAAAAGAUGGCACUCCUGGUGAAGAUGGGGAACCUGGUCCAGUAGGAGUGGCCGGACAGCCGGGUCCACGUGGUAUUCCGGGAGUACCAGGACUUCAAGGAUUAAAGGGUCAUCGUGGUUUCGAUGGAAAAGAUGGCGCAAAGGGCGAACAAGGGCUACCCGGAGAAAAGGGCCCAACUGGUUUACCUGGACAAAUGGGGCCAGCGGGACUUAUCGGUCCCGUAGGGCCGAGGGGUGAAAGAGGUCGAGAGGGGCCUCCUGGUACUCCAGGCAUGCGCGGAGUUGAUGGAGCGCCUGGACCACCAGGUCUUAUGGGUAAUGUUGGAAAAACUGGUUCUCCUGGGUUUCCUGGGUCACCUGGAUUGAAAGGCGAACAAGGACUUAAUGGACCUAAAGGCAGUCAAGGUAUGCAAGGCCCACGUGGUGAACCCGGACGCCCUGGACAGCCCGGAGAAGUAGGUCCAACAGGACUAGCGGGACGAGACGGAAUACCCGGUGAGAAAGGAAUUCAAGGUCAAGCUGGUGCAGCAGGACCUCAAGGUUUUCCAGGACCAAGGGGUACUCCUGGAGUCGCUGGCGAUCCUGGAAUACCAGGUGCUAAAGGCAUGCCGGGGCAACCAGGGGAAAGGGGAACAAAAGGUGACUCAGGUAUAAGAGGAGAAACUGGAUCUCCGGGGCCAAGGGGCUUACCGGGAAGUAUUGGACCAGAAGGAAAAAGAGGAAAACGGGGUUUACGUGGACCAGCCGGAAAUGUAGGUCCUCAAGGUGAAAGAGGCUUACAAGGGCUAAGAGGACUACCUGGUAUCGACGGUCCUUCGGGUUUGAAAGGUCAAGCAGGUGAUAGAGGCAGCGUUGGUCUUCCGGGACCUAAAGGUAGUACUGGUGAUGCUGGAAGACCAGGUCCUCAGGGACUCCCUGGAGCAAGAGGAAUAAUGGGUAGACCAGGAAUAACUGGAAAGUCGGGUCCUCCUGGAGAAAGAGGUAUACCUGGUGCCGAUGGAAGACCUGGCGAGCAAGGAUUACAGGGCUUACAAGGACCACCUGGCUUAAUAGGUAGCCCGGGAGAAAGAGGAUUGCAGGGAGAGCCAGGUAAAGAUGGUGAAAUCGGACAGCCCGGGUCUAUAGGACCUAAAGGAGACGCAGGGCGAGAUGGUAGCCCUGGCGUUCAAGGUCCACAAGGCCCUGUAGGUACUACAGGUGAACGAGGUCCUACAGGGCCACCUGGACCCACUGGUUUUCCUGGUAUGCCGGGAUCUGCUGGUUUACCAGGAUCUGCUGGAAAAGAUGGUGAACCAGGAGUGUCUGGUCCUGCUGGACCUCCCGGACCUAUCGGACCACGUGGUGAAAGAGGCUUUUCAGGGGAAAGAGGUAUCCCAGGUCAACCUGGUGCGUCUGGUGAAAAAGGAGAAACUGGAGCUCAAGGGCUUGAUGGACUACCGGGCCCUGAAGGACCAAGAGGGAGUAAAGGUCAUCCAGGUCCGAUUGGUGCGAUGGGAAUGCCUGGACCACGUGGUUUAACUGGUUUCGCUGGUGAGAAGGGAGAUAGAGGAUCAGCUGGUCCACAAGGCCCUGAGGGACCGCAAGGUCGCCAGGGUGAACAAGGACCGCAGGGCCCUGUUGGACCAACCGGACCACCAGGAGAACCAGCCGAGAGAGGAGAGCCCGGAACUCCAGGUGUACCAGGAGAACCAGGUGCACCCGGUUCAACGGGAGAUCGUGGUCAGCCCGGAAUACAAGGGAAUCCUGGUUUAUCUGGACCACCGGGUCUAACCGGCAUGCCAGGAUUAAAGGGUGAUCGGGGCUAUGCAGGUGCUAAAGGUCAGCAAGGAGCUACCGGAAAUCCAGGAUUAUCUGGAGAACCUGGUCAAAGAGGGUUACCUGGCCAAGUAGGAGCCAAAGGAACACGAGGUGACCAGGGUGCUAAGGGAGAUAUAGGACAUACUGGAUUGCAAGGAAGACCAGGAGAACUAGGUCCACCAGGUCCACAAGGUAGCCCAGGAGCAACGGGUUCACCCGGUAUUCCAGGUGCUAAAGGGUCAACUGGUGAUACUGGACGAUCGGGUCCUCCGGGACUUCAAGGGAUAACUGGACCACAGGGACCUGAAGGAUUAAAGGGUGAAAGAGGCAGUGAAGGAGAGGUUGGGCCGCAGGGACCGCCUGGCUCUCCGGGUUCACCUGGAGAACGGGGUCCAAGUGGCUUACAAGGAAUGGUUGGACCUCCUGGACCUCAUGGACUAAGGGGCAUACAGGGUGAAAGUGGUAUGCCAGGGAAACCUGGUGCUGAUGGAGCACCGGGUCCUAUUGGAGCAACUGGACUUCAAGGACCUUCAGGACCUAUGGGAGAGCCAGGGCCAGAAGGCCGCCCAGGAAAACUUGGUCAGCCUGGUAUACCAGGACGACCAGGAGACAAGGGACCGAUUGGACAACCAGGACAAUCAGGACCACCUGGUCCACCGGGAUUACAGGGCUCACCUGGUUCUUCUGGUCCACCUGGACCAACUGGAGAAAGAGGACCAAGAGGCGAAUCUGGACCACCCGGUGUCGAUGGCCCCCAGGGUCCUGCUGGGAAACAAGGGCAACCUGGCGCGGAUGGUUUAAAGGGUGAACGUGGUGAAGCUGGAGUUGACGGAGCUAAGGGUCAUGCAGGUAUACCUGGCCUACCAGGUAUGGUAGGUGCUCCUGGGCGAGCUGGUGACAGGGGUCUUCCAGGAUCAAUUGGACCACCUGGAAAAGAUGGAGAAUCGGGACCAAGAGGUCCACCUGGUCGUGACGGAAAUCCUGGACCACUUGGUCCAAGUGGUCCACCUGGUGGUCGUGGAUCUCCAGGGGAACCUGGACGUCAUGGCACCCCAGGACCAGCUGGUCCACCUGGCCCACCUGGUCCACCGGGAGAAGGUUUAGCUUACGAUGCCGCUGCUAUCGCUGCUAUGUUACAACAAGGAUCAAUCAAAGGACCAGACCCAUUAGGUGACGAUCCCAACAGUAUGCCACCACGUUUCUUCAAAGAUGACAUGAGCCCAGAAGAAAGAAAGAAAAUUGUAAUGAAAGCAUACGAAAGACUAAAAGUAUCUCUUGAUAAAUUUUUAAAACCCGAUGGUUCGAAGGAAGCUCCAGCAAAAACAUGUGGUGAUAUUAAAUAUCACCACCCUGAAUUCACGAGUGGUCAGUAUUGGAUUGAUCCCAACGGUGGAGACUACAACGAUGCUAUAUUGGUACAUUGUGAUAUGGCAACUAGUGCAAGCUGCGUGUUCCCUAAGCCAAUUAUGUCAGAAGAUCUCACGCAUACAGGCAGAAAUGAAGCAUGGCUUAGCGAAAUCGAUAAUGGAUUUACGAUUUCUUACAAAGCCGAUAACAGUCAGCUCACAUACCUCCAGCUCUUAUCUAUGAGAGCAGUUCAGAAUGUGACGCUACACUGCCGCAAUACCGUCGGAUAUUAUGAUCCAGCGACCAGAAAUUAUAAACACGGGUUGAAAUUACUUGCGUUUAACGAUGCGGAGAUUCUACCAAAAGCUAACAACAGGCUUAGAUAUAAGGCUUUAUUGGAUGAAUGUCAGCAUAAGAAACAAGAAUGGGCGAAGACGAUAUUGCAAUACGAAACGGAUAAGCCCGGGCGUCUGCCGCUGCUGGACGUCGCCGUGCGUGACGUCGGCAGACACGACCAAAUGUUCAGGAUCGAAAUGGGCCUUGCCUGUUUUAGUUAAAAGGAAAUUUCUAUCGACAAUGGUUAUAAUAUAGAUUUUAUAGGAAUUUAGUAAAAUUUUUUG